AUGGAGGCGGAGGCGCCCGGCGCGCGGUGCCCGGGCGAUGGCGAGUGCGCGGUGCCCGGCUCCCCCCGCGGCGCCGCCGUGCCCGGCCACACCCGGCUCCGCGCCUUCCUGUGGUGCCGCGAGUUCCUGGCCGGCUCCUGGAAACUGAUCGCGCCCGAGGAGUUCGGCAUCAGCCCGGUCAGUGGGGGGCUCAGCAACCUGCUGUACAAAUGCAGCCUCCCGGACCACGUCCUGAGCGUGGGCGAUGAGCCUCGGCAGGUGCUGCUGCGCGUCUACGGGGCCAUUCUGCAGGGCGUGGACUCGCUGGUGCUGGAGAGCGUGAUGUUUGCCAUCCUGGCAGAGCGGGCGCUGGGGCCACGGCUCUAUGGGGUCUUUCCCCAGGGGCGCCUGGAGCAAUACAUUCCGAGCCGGCGUCUGCGCACGGAGGACCUGCAGGACCCCGACAUCUCCAGGGAGAUAGCGAUGAAGAUGUCCCGCUUCCACGGCAUGGUGAUGCCCUUCAAUAAGGAGCCCAAGUGGCUGUUUGGGACCAUGGAACGGUACCUGAAGCAGAUUGCCGAGCUCACCUUCCCCCAGGAAGCCCAGCGGAAGAAGUUCAACCAGCUCAAAGCCUAUAACCUGCAGAAGGAAAUGGGGAGCCUCAGGGAGCUGCUGGAGUCCACGCCGUCCCCUGUGGUCUUCUGCCACAAUGACGUGCAGGAAGGGAACAUCCUGCUGCUGGCUGGGCGGGAGUCACACCCCACUGACAAGCUGAUGCUGAUUGACUUUGAAUACAGCAGCUACAACUACAGGGGCUUUGACAUCGGCAAUCACUUCUGCGAGUGGGUGUACGACUACACCCAUGACACGUGGCCCUUCUACAAGGCCUCCUUGGAGAACUACCCCACGCGCCAGCAGCAGCUGCACUUCAUCCAGCACUACCUGUGGGAGGACUCGGGGCGGUGCGGGGACACCACGCACGAGGAGCAGGCCCGCAUCGAGGAGGAGAUGCUCACUGAGAUUGGCCGGUUUGCUCUGGCCUCUCACUUCUUUUGGGGUCUCUGGUCCAUCCUGCAGGCGAAGAUCUCCACCAUUGAGUUCGGCUACCUGGAUUACGCGCAGUGCCGUUUCGAGGCCUACUUCCAGCAGAAGGCGCAGUGCCCGUGA